AGAACGUGCCAGCUGGGAAGUGCUCCCGGUACACUCAUCCAAUCAGCGGACUCUACCCAUAACUUACGUACUUAACUCUCCGUUCGCAGUACAGUAGCCUACUUAGUUUUGUAAAUCACACUCAGGGUUUGUGGCGGAGAAUACGAGAGUUUACAUCGAGUGCUUUUAACGCUUAGUAAUUGCUAUUCAGUAAUAAUUUAAGCGUAAAACAAGAAAAAUGGCGUUAAGCUUUGAAAGCAAAUUUUAUGUUAUUAUAUGCGCUGUGACCCUGACCUUCGUUAAGGCAGACAAAAUGCAGGUAGCCACUGUGUAUUGGGAUGAUGCCCAUAAGACCGUGCUGCUGAAAGAAGGGGUGAUGGAGAAACAAGGUGAUGCUUACGGGUACUUCAACGACACAUUGCUCCAAACGGGUUGGGGAGUUCUGGAGCUACGGGCGGGGUAUGGGGCGACCCCCAGAUCUGAUGAGAUAACCCACUACCUAGCGGGAUACCUCGAGGGAUACCUCACUGCCCAGCAGAUGUUUAGCCACUAUUCGAACAUGUACCCAGAGCUGAUUACUGACCAAAAAACACUGAUCGCCGUGAAGAAUUUUAUGAGCAAGCAGGACUCCUGGGUGAGGAACCAGGUGAAGCAGCAGAAGAGCGGAGACCCAUUCUGGCGACAUAUGGGCUUUGUGGUGGCCCAACUGGAUGGGCUGUACGCUGGAGCAGCGUACUGGGCGAAACAGAAGCAAAAGACGCCCCUGCCGAUGUUUGCAGUACAGUUCCUCAAUGCACUGGGUGAUCUUCUGGACCUAAUACCUGCCCUGGUGCAUCAUAAAGCCCAUCAUCCUCAAAACCACUUAAAAAUUCCUAUGGGCCACUGUUCUGCCCUCAUUAAGAUGCUGCCAGGAUAUGAGAACCUCCUGCUUUCUCACUCAAGCUGGUACGUCUAUAGCGCCACAAUGCGUAUCUACAAGUACUGGGACUUCAAGAUGACAGAGCCUCACGCAGCCACAGGCAAAGUCUCCUUCAGCAGCUACCCUGGUUUCCUGGUGUCCCUGGAUGACUUCUACCUACUGGGUAGCGGAUUGCUGAUGACCCAAACCACCAACCUGGUAUUCAACAACUCCCUUUUCUCACUGAUCACACCUGAGAGCCUGCUGGCCUGGCAGAGAGUUCGACUUGCACAUUACCUGGCACAUGACGGGGAAGAAUGGGCACGUGUGUUUUCCAAGUACAACUCUGGUACCUACAAUAACCAGUACAUGGUGGUGGACUUGAAUAAAGUGUCUCUGGGCAAAAGCAUUGACAGUGGUGCUCUGACCAUUGUUGAGCAGAUCCCUGGACAUGUGUCCUACUCUGACCAGACUCAGGCCCUCCGCAGAGGCUACUGGCCUUCCUACAACAUUCCAUUCCACCCGGACAUCUACAACCUGAGUGGCUACUGGGAGAUGUGGAAGGAAUAUGGCGAGGACUUCUCCUAUGACCUUUGUCCACGUGCCAAAAUCUUCCGCCGGGACCAGGGGAGCGUCACAGACCUUGCGUCACUGAAACACAUCAUGAGAUAUAACAACUACAAAAAUGACUCCUAUUCCAAGGAAGACCCAUGUAAGGCCAUUUGCUGUCGCGAUGACCUCCAGUUGGAGCACCCCACUACAAUGGGUUGCUAUGAUACUAAGGUGACGGACUUCCACAUGGCACAGAUGUUCAAGGCGGAGGUAGUGAAUGGGCCCACGACCGAGGGGGGGCUGCCACCCUUCACCUGGAACAAAUUCAACAGCACCUUGCACGACGGGCUACCCCCCACCUAUAACUUCCCCUUCGUUCCCAUGCGACCCACACUUUUCCAGCCGUGAGCAGAGUUCUGAGGGAUCAUGGGACAGGGAGGUGGGGGGUCGGCAAAGAUGGUGCUCUGUUCUGUCAGUGGAUGAUAGAAAGCUGAUAGAAUGAUAUGAAAAUCUGAUGCAAUGCGGUGGUUAAUUGAAAACAGGGAGGAGGUGUAUAUAGUAUAUUAGGUAAUCACAUUAUAUAUUCUGAAGGCACUCCAAUCAUUCUGUAAAUGCUGAUAUGACCUGUACUGCACUUAUGUGUUCUUCAAACACACCAACGUAUUGAGCGUCUUAAGAUGUCUUAUUUGAUUUGCUUUUUGUAUUCUCAGAAUAUGGAUCUCUUAAGUGUUAAAAUUUCAUGUUUUACCUCAGAAUUCCCCCCCCCCCAGAUUUGCCACUUAUGUUUAAACGUACAUUGGCUGUAAGUCUUUGUUAGAACCAAGGAAUACAACGUGUAUGGGAUAAUCCACGAUGCGGUGUACGGGUAUACAAAAAUAAUCAACUUGGUGGUAGCUUAUUUCGGUAUAACCGCACACAUGCAAAUGGUUUAUCCCGUUUAUACCACAGCUAACGAACAAAAGAAUAAUGAACUAAUCACGAUUAAUUUUUCUGAAGAAAAUUAUUUCAAUUAGAAAUAUGCUCUUAAAAAAUAUAGUUCCUACUGGUCAAGCUACUGACUGGAAGCGGCAAGUCCGUUAAGUUACCGUAGAAAAUCGUCAGCAUUGAGGGAAUAAUUAAUAAAAUAAAGGGAAUGAUUCUAUAAGGCUGUAACUAAUCAAAACAAGAACUGACUGGCGCGCCGGCAAGGCAAGGCUACCUAUUCGGAACAGAUAGGGGGGGCGACAGAGAAUAUCAGUGGCCCCUACUUAUCUUUUAGCCUUCCAGAAGGACAACUACUGUACGAGCCGGCUGGAAUCACACAUGUGGUUGUCACGUACACGGAAGGUACCGAGAAAGGGGGGGGGGGAUGCCCAAAGGGCUUUAAAGGGGAUACAGCUGAUACAUAUGGCAGAGCCUCCUCCUGUACAUGCUGAAUGUAUGUCAGAUGGUCGCUCCCUGAUUAUAAUCAGUCAAGAGAAUGAACCGGUGAUUUGCAACUUCUCCCCGUGCCAGCUGUGAAUCUCUUCUCAUCCACGGACCCGGUGGAGACGCCGUGCUCCAACAGCAGAUAGGCGCUUGCGUUUUGAAAAUUAUGCUGAUAACUGCUUUUUUACGAGUAAAAGGUCACACUGGUUUUUAUAUUAACAUGUUUAAAACAUUAACACGUAUUAAUACAGAAUUUAGCUACUGGAGCUACCUGUGCGGUCACGCGAAGAUAAUUAGCACCCACGUGACAUCUCUGGACCAAUAAGAAAACAGAAUUUACUAAACCGUAAUGUAAAUAAUUCAGGGCUUCCUUUAUAAUAAAAAUUCAUGAAUUAUUACGCUGA